CUGGCUCAGAUCAAGUCAAGUUACAAUAUGGCGGAAUCCAUUAUUCGAGUUACGUUUGAUUAAAGAAUAAGUUUUUAACGUAAUAGUCGUCUUAGGUAUUUACGCAUUUAAAAGAAUUAUCAAGAUGUCAUCUGCUUCGGCGCUUGCGGCUGUUGCUAGCCAAGUUCAAUCGACGGCGGGAGCCAUUCCCGUCGUCAAUGAGAAAGGUGAAAUUUCUAUGCAAAAGGUGAAAGUUCACCGAUACAUUUCUGGAAGAAGACCAAAAUAUGCACCAGAAGAAAGUAGUGAAGAGGAAAGUGGUGACGAAUUCCCAUUUGAAAAAAAGCAGCAAGCACAAAUUGCAGAAAAUGUACCCAUUGACAAAGAAGCAGAAAAAUUUGAUCGUCGACUCAAACGUCUACAAAAGCAACAAGAGGAAGAAGAUAGUGAGGACAGAAUUGAAAGACAUCGACAUAUUCAUGAACCAGAAGUUAUAGCAUUAGGAGAAGUAAGUGAAAUUGAAGAAGAAGAACCAGUAGAAACACAUGCUCGUAGGUGGAGGGAAGAUGAAGAAAGUAGUGAUGAAGAAGAAUUGGAUGAUGAGGAAAUUGAAAGAAGACGUGCUAUGUUAAGAAUGAAAGCUCAAGAAAAAGCUGCUGAAGAAGAAUUAUUAGAUUUGGAAGAAGAAGGCAAAUCUGAAGUUGAAGAAACUGAGGAGUCUGAAUAUGAAGAAUAUUCAGAUUCUGAAGAAGAAAUGGGUCAAAGAUUAAAACCAAUUUUUGUAAAAAAAAAAGAUCGUAUAACUGUGCAAGACAAAGAACACCAGAUACAAAAACAGAGAGACUUAGAGCAUGAGGCCAAACGGAUGACUGAAGAACGACGACGACAGACCUUAAAGGUUCUUGACUUAAUUUCUUAUUGUCAAAUUGAUUGA